AUGGUAUCAGUAGCCUCUCUUCUUAACCCGGAGCCUCCUCGGGCUCCGUUGCCAAGUUCUCGACCUAGUCAAUUCGCUUCACCUUCAGCUCGUCCAGCUGUCGCCUUUACAUCAGGACCAUCACCCGACAGGCCGGGGACCAGGACAGCAAACAUGCAAGACGAUCCCAGACCAGCUCGACAUGCAGUCAGAGGCAUGGUGAACUAUCCACCGUUCGAGGAUCUAGAUGCAGCCUCGCUCCACGAGGUCCACAGGUUCCAUGUGUCAGAUCUGCGGGAGAUUCAGAGCAACUGCCGCCGGAUUCCUUACCACAGCCAAAAGAAAGACUUCUAUCAGAAGACCGGGCGAGAAAGCUUCGAAGUUUUCGAGUACUCUUUUAGACUUCCCAGGGACAGUCGCCUUCGAUCAGACAACACUUACACCGUCAUGUGGGAUUACAAUGUUGGCCUCGUGCGCAUGACUCCAUUCUUCAAGUGUCUUGAAUACGGGAAGACUACUCCUGCGAAAAUGCUCAACCAGAACCCGGGGCUCAAGGACAUUACGCACAGCAUCACUGGGGGAUCUAUUAUCGCCCAAGGCUACUGGAUGCCAUACUCCUGUGCCAAGGCUGUCUGUGCAACAUUCUGUUACCAGAUUGCAGGUGCCCUGAUUCCCCUAUUCGGCCCAAGUUUCCCCUCGGAGUGCAUUCGGGAAGGUAUGCCCGGCUACAAACACAUGGUCAUCGAUCCCGACAUCAUUGCCAAAGCUAGGCUGGAGGCAAGGCGACUGCUACAUCUUCCAACACCACGCAGUGGCCCUCUACUCAGUCCACGCAUGUCUCGCAGCGUCAGUCCUCGACCAUGUCCACGACCGCCCCGGCUGGCCGCCGAGCCCUACAGCAAUCGGAUAGACUACGAUCGACCGAUGCCUUUGAGUCCGCAUAGUAACGCAGACCACGAAUUCUAUGCUGGAUCGCCUGAUAUCUACAGUCGUAAUACACUCACCGAGUUCAUGCCCGGCGGAUAUGGGACUGGUAUCCGUCCACCACCAAUGAACACUCCAACAAGAUGGACUCCAGUAAACCUUCCACGGCCGUAUCCAUCGUAUCGCUCUGAUCCAUCUACUGAACGGGAGCAGCGUCGCCCGCAGCAUCAACACCAUCAAUAUCCGCAACCAUGGACAAGGAACAACAUUGAAGACAAGUCCUACGGAUCUCGAGCCAAUCCCUGGCUCUCGGCAGUUCCACGUAUUCCAUCACCAUACCCUCAACGCGCCGUACGGUCCCCCACCAUUCAAAAUACUACUGCACGACCAUACGAGCGUCCCGCGCAUACGCUACCACCCAUUCGAAGUCUCUAUCAAAGCCUUGGUGCGAAUAAACGGAUAUUUGAUCAGAUCGAGCGGCCUACAAGCAGUCACUCCAUGCCCGCAACUGACCAAAGGCCGGAUAUUAGUCCUUACCCCAAACUCCGUGGUCUUCCUCCCGCCUCGCGAUCCCUAAGCCCGAGUAUGCAACCAGUUAGGCCGGCUUCGGAGGAGGAUGCUGCGCUAACACUGAUGCGACUUUGCGAAAAAACGGGCAAGCAGGAGGAGAAACAGGAGCGAGAGCAGAGACAAGAUGAUGCCAUUCCGGAGAGUUCAGGUGUGGGACCAAAAGGCGAGAGCAAUACUAUUUCCAGCAGCCUGGUAACGACUAUCGGCAGUCCUACGUGCAGCAGCGGCGGCCAGACAAGGGUAUGGAGCGAGGAUGCUGAUUUGAAGAUGGAGCACGCCAGCACACCGUCAUCUCCACAUGCUGGCGACGCCAAUGUGACUUCCACACCCAAUUCACUGGCCACCAGGUCCGUGUUCUCCUCCUCUGACGCCGACGACGAAGACAAUGAUGAUUGCAACGACGAUGUAAGUCCAAGGCGCAGGGGAGGGUCAAAGAGGAGGAGGGUUCUGAGCUGAUGUGAUGAAAUUUGGCUGCUGCUCUCGAUGUUCAUUUUACGCUACACUGCCAGUAUUCCUGGGGUUUUGCUCAAGUCAUUAUCCACUUCAUUCUCAUCUUCCACAUGUCACUAUUUCAUUGUUACCUAAAUAGCCAACACCACCUGCCACGUGGGUGGGAUUUGGGAAGCCAGGUCUCGGGCUGGUUUUGUCGGGUAUGGAUUUCAUGGUAUGAGCAAAGGGUUGAGGGAAAUUCCUGGUGUUUGGAGGCAAUGGGACAAGAAAAGAAAAAGGAGGCGCUUCGGUUUGGGGGGUUUUAUUCACAAGGCAGUUGGCGAGCAUUGAUAUUGGAAUGUUACUGCUUGUUCUUUGCAUAUGUUACCUGAGUUCAUGGCUAUGCUUAUCGGUCUUUUCUUGUUUUCUUUCCUUCGUUUUCAUAAUUCUUGAAUAUUUGGCAUUGCUGCUGGGGAAGUUUUUUUGGGUGAGGAACAGAAAACGAAAAGCUAGACACCGCCGGGCAAACACGAAGAGGACUUUGGCCCGGUGUGUAUGUGUGUGUGUGUAUGUGUGUGAGUGUGGGUGGGUGCUUCUUUUGACCAUACCAAUUAGAUGGGGUUAUCUAGCGAGUAGCGAAAGCAAACAUACAAACAAUCGAUCCGUUCUCUUUCUCUGG